AUGAGGCUCCGAGUGACUGUUCGACGUCACGGCUUGCCCGAAACACCAAUUCUAUGGAGUAUCGAUACGAACGCGUCGCCCACGGUCUACCAGCUUCUCGAGCAGGUCAACGAGGUGAUUCCCAUCGAGACGGACGGACAAUGGGGUUUGGAGGAUUACGCGGUGGAGCUGAAGGGGGCAAAUGGGGUCAACUACGAAUGUCUUCACUUCCAGCCUGUUGAUAGUGUGUUGAAAGAAGAGGACGAGGUCAUCAUCCGCCCACUGCUCACCCAAGACCUGAAAGUACGACGAAUCUCUGGUAGACAUCAGAUAUCAGACGAUGGGAAGCGCUUAUACGAUGGCCUUGCAUUGGGCAGACCACUUCUACGAACGCCGAGUCGGCCUGCGGUAAACAUACCCCCAAGAAAGAAGCGCAGGAUUGCAUAUAACGCAGAUGAGGAGGAAGAUGAGGGCUUUGCUGCUCUGCAGGAAGCAGAAGAUGAUGUGAAGGGCACCGUUCAACAGCUUCUUCUUACGGCUGAUCUGGACGAUGAGGACUCCGAAGACGACGAGGAUUUUGCUCCUGGCGAAGACGAGAGCGAUGCAGAUGACGAUGACGAAGACAAGCAACUCGUUCUUCAUGCCGAUGCGGAAGAUGAUGAGUCCGAGGAUGACGAAGACUUUUCUCCAGAAUCAGAAGGCACAGAUGAGGAUGAUGAUGAUGAUGAUGAUGAUGAUGAUGAUGAUGAUGAUAAGCAAUUGGUACUUCAUGCGGAUUUUGAGAACGCCGAUUCUGAUCCCGAGGGUGAGGAUGAUGUGCCUGAAGACGAUGGAGGCAAAGAGCAACAAGACGAUGACUUCGAACAAUUUGAGGACGAGGAUAUGGGAUCUGAAGAUGGCCAAGACAUAGUCCAGCGAGUCGAUGCGUUGGAAGACCACAACACAAUGGAAGUUGAGGUUGCUUCUGGAUUGUCAGGAGACGCAGCUGACAAUCUGAAUGAGGCUGCUCUCGACGGAAUCUCUGAUCCGGAUACUCGAGCUAAGAUCCGUAAGUUACACUCAGCCUUUCCUAACUCCCAUUUGGCUGUUUGCAAAUAUAUCCUGAAUGGGAAAGGGGUUGAAGGAGAUGUUGGAGAGGCAUACGAGGUCUUAGCUCGGGGGUUUCAUCCUGUCAAAGCCAAAUCCGAGAUUACUGAGAGUUUUCAAGGCCACAACAAAGUUCCAGCACAUAAGAAUCAUUCAAGUUCAAGGUCAAAGUCCGAUUCCCCGGCCAGUGAAGAGGAAGAAUUGGAGGCAGAUGAGACAUCAAACGAACUUCUCAAACAUUACGACAAGCAUGGACUACCUUCAGGAUCUAUCAAGUCUGGAAAAGCACUGUCUUUUAUGGCUGAAGCUGCAACAAGCUUAUCAAGCCCGCCUCCAGCGUCUGCCAAGUUAGCUUCAGAAGGUAGACUUGUCAAGUUCCCCGACACUGAAGAGGAGAAUCUAUCCAUCGGUCUCACGUCAACUCCAGCUAUAGACAAAGAAUCCCAGCAAAUCGAGUCCAGUGAAGAUUCAAGUGAUAGCGACUCCAGCAAUGAAGAUAGUUCAAGCAGCAGUGAUAGCAGCGACUCAUCUUCUAACGACGAGGAGAUGGCAGAUGUCGCAGUCUCAUCAUCAUCAGAAAGCAGCAGUGAAAGUAGUAGCGAUUCUUCGAGCGACGAUGAUGCCCCAGAAGUGGAAUCCAGCAAGACAAAACCGCAGGCUACAUUACCUGCGUCGCCUAAACUAGCCAUAAUCUUCCAGGCCAGACCCCAACCCAAAGAAGGCUUAGGCAAGAGCAGCACAAGAAAUAGAAAUGCGCGUCGGAGGAAUGCGAAUCUGCUGGACCGAUACAAGAACAAGGGGCUUCUGCCAGCUGGUACUACUCUGUCAGAGUUUGCUAAAUUGAAUCUGAACAGUAAUUCCACGCCUGAAGAAGCCAUGGCUGCCUUGCAAGAACUCAGAAAAGCGAGAGUCUCAACUGGAACCAACGACGACCAUGAAGGUCCUUCUGAUGCAAUUGAGACGCCGAGCCAAAAGGCAACUGCUGCUGAACAAGAAUUUGAACGUCGAAGAGCAGAGCUCCUUUCGUCUCUCGCCGACGGGGGUGUAGAAAUUGGGUCAGAAACACCAAAGAAGGCCCGAAAGUCCGCUACCGCCACGCCCAAAGCUACUACAGCCCAGGCACCAACAGUCGCAGCAGAGAAAGUCCCUCAGGCCAACCAAACCAGUGGUUCUCACACAGCUGAGGCUGAAGCAGGCAAUGUAUCUUUGGUGACGAAAGUAUUGCCAGGAGCGAGUUCAAAUGUGACAAGUGCUAUAGACAACGAAGAACCGAGACCUUCGUCAGCGCCAGACGCCCCGAAGGAGCUUGAUACUCCCAUCCAGUCACCCAACCCCCAAACCGCAUCAGAAAAUUCCAGUCAAACAGUGCCCCGACGGUCAAGACUGAAUCUUGGGGCUGGUCGCCGAAUGUUGUUUGGUGCAUUGGGUCUCAAGACUCCUAAGACCAAAGCAGAUGAGGACAAACUGAAGCAAGAUCUUAUGAAGGAUGUCAAACCCUUGAUCACUCCCAAGCCUGCUGAAGAACCAGAGAUUGUCGAGGAAGAAGUUGAUGAAGACCCAGAGGCCUGGAGAAAUAAGAUCAUAUAUCGAGCCGUCGAAUGUGUACAGGAGGAUGUAUUUGAAUUGAGUGAACCUCCAUUCCCGUUCGUCCAGCGAUGGGAUCCCCAACAACGAGGUGGAAGGUUCCAGAAAGGCAAGCGUAAGAACCAGCAAGCUCAGCAAUAUGACGAUGAAUCUCGGGCUUCCAAAAAGCAAAAGCGUCGUAAGGGAAAGCACACUUACGCUGAGGAGCAGGAAUAUUUGGAAGCCUCGUACGAACCCAGCUUCCAAGAGGAUAGCUUUAUGGACUCACAGUUUGACGUUUCCUUACAUACAUCAGGUCAAAACGGUAAUGAGGACGAAGAGAUCAAUCGACAGGUCAUGAACGACACAGAACCUUCCGCUGGACAGGACAGUGCCCCCGAACGUGACCUACCCGCUCUUCCUGAAGAUUUAUCUACACUGCCUACUCUACGAGACGGUAUGGUAAAGUUGGGAAUGAUAAUUGCCUUCAAGCAUUACGAGCUGCGCGGAUGGCAGCCUGAGCUUUCUGAUUUGGUGACCGCUCAAGUUAAUUUCGUGCCUGACCAUGGUGAACUCGGACUCUCGCUUGCCAAGAGAGACAGAAAGACCACAGAAAAGACAAUCGAUCCAAAUACUGGAAAGAGGAUGUACGAUAAGUUUGAGAUGCCUGGCGAUGACGAGGACGAUGAAGAGGACGACGGACAUCUUUCUCUUACAUUCAGUCAACUCGUCGAACCCAGAAUUGUUCGGGAAGCCUCCUCGGAUGUAGCCGAAGAGCUAAAGGAGGAACCAUUGAAACGAGAUGACCAGGAACGUCCCAACCACGAUAUCAAGAUGAACGAGCCACCAAACUCGAAUCAAGCGGAUCCAAUCAUUAUAGAUGAUGAUGCUCCCGCCAAGGAAGCACCAAGUGCGGACGAAUCCACAACCUUAAGCCAUGAGCAAGAACGUCCAGAGAACAACGAGGAAGAAAUUCCCGAAGCACAAUAUUCCCACGUCACCGAGACUCCGCUCAAUUCUGAUGCCCCUGACUCGUAUCAACAAGAUCGCCAGCCCGAUGAAGACCUUGAAAUGUCAGAAUUGCCUCCUCAGGACUCUCAAGAUCAGGUGGCCGUAGCUAACAUAUCCAAAAGUGGGCAGCAGUUAGGAAUGGGAGGAACAAAAAUUAAUGGUCACCUAAAUGGAUCAGGAGAAGCCGACGGGAGCCAGGUGGAAGCACCUGUAAGUCAAGACACUCCAGUGACGCCAGCUUUGGGAGGAAGCAACGUCGCACCACCUGAUAUUGACUACAUGGACGAGUCAGUCCCGGAAGAGACACGGCAGAAAGUAGCUCGUAUGAUGAAGGAUGCCGGGUUUCGUUCGAAUGUUCCAUCGUCAAUCUUGAGAGGUCCCGAUGGAAUCCAAACUCCCGGUGAGGCCGCAUCGUUCGAAAAGCUUUUGAAGGAGAUGACCGGGACCGAGACUAAUGGCCACAAGGAGAAAGCAGCGGACCAAGAGAGCCAGAGUCAGCCAUACUCCCCAAAGUUCAACGGGCUUGGAUCUUCGCCUUUCAGAAAGCCAAGAGAGUCUUCUCGAACCCCUACUAAACCCCGACAGGUAGCCACAAAUUCAAGUUCGCCAUCACGGCCGCCUCCUUCAAGCUGGGAAACAGUGGAUGAAGAUCUUCGAAGUUCGCCUCCACAGCAGUCCCCAGAACCAGAACUAGAAGGAGAAGAACAAUCCAGCUGGAUGACAGUUGACCAGACUCAAACUCAAGCCCAGCUUUCUAGUCCUCCGGCAUUUGACACCGCUCCCGAAGUUGAGGAAAGCCGAGGUUCCAGCCGCUCCCCUCCAGCCGACGCUGCUACAAAUCAAACCGAUGAGCCUAUCAAGUCCCAAGCGUCUAUCUUCAACUCGGCCAAGGAAGGCUCCGCGAAACCUCCAAAGAUACUGACCGCCAAGAAGGUCCCAAUCGGAAAAGCACAGGCAUAUUGGGAGCAGUGGCAAGCAAGGAAACGCAGGAGAAGUAGUGAUUCGGACUCCGAUUAUGAAGACGCCAAAACCAGUUCCAAGAACUCACCUGAACGAUCGCAGAACAAUUCUGAGAACGCUCCUGAUGCGACUGUUAAAUACCCGAAGCUUUCACUUAAUUCUUCAUUUACAAGCCAAGUCACGGAUCACGGACAUCAGCCGGAGCCGGAUCUUGAUGACACUGCGUUAACCUUGGACUCUCCUGUGAUGCCCGGUUUCGAGAUCAAUAACUCUUCCGGUGGUUCUCCACAACCCGGGCAGCCAUCAAACGAUAAAGGCAAGGAUAAAUUGGCUGAAGCUGAAGACGAACUACCCCCUCGAAAGCCCACUUCCCAGUCUAUGCGAGCUCCAUUGAGAAUGCCCACGAAGCCCUCCGAUGAUUCAUCUGACGACGAACUUCCUUCCUUAGAAGUGCUCUCGCAGCGGUCGGCUACGAUUAAGAGAGAAGCUUUGGGACCACUAAAGUUGAAAAAUUCUGCAAAAGUUGAUGCGGAGUAUAAAAAGCUUAUGGCUGCCGUGGACGAAGAGAGCUCCGAGGAUGAAAUGACGCCAAAGGCAUCCCAGAAGCACAAGCAAGGCUCACGUUCUACAUCGUUGAAGAGCAGAGCUUCAGGAAGCCAUACUUCUGAUCGAUCAGCAUCUCAGCCUGCCAAGACCAGAGCCUCUGAGCGAGCUGCAUCUCAAUCACGCACAACCGUAACUCGAUCUUCUCAGCCUCGUGCUUCACAAUCAAUUCCCGCAGGAUCUCAAUAUAUGGACCUCACGAUCUCGAGCGAUGCUGAGCCAGAGCCAGCACCAAUACCUGCAGCUGUUGAAGAUCCAUUACCGCGCAAGGCUUUCAGAAAGUACAAUAUGAAUACUGAUGAUGACGAGGAUUUUGAAGGCAGCCUUGGCUGGGUUCCCAAGAGAGGAAGCACGGUUGCCAAUCCCCCGAGGCGACAAACGAGCGUCGGACUUAGGAAUUCCUCCCAGACGACUCUCAAUGCUCGGAACCGAAGGCAGACUACGAACGAGUAG